AUGUACCUGGGGCAAGAAGGCUCCCAAGGCACUGAUGACUCAGGCAAUGCAAUUAGAGACCGUCUUAAUGCACUGGAUCAAGCUUUCUGUUUCCCAUGGUCGGCUAUGGCGGUCCAGCUCUGUACUGCCCGGACUGGCUUCAGCUACUGUCCAGAGGAACAAACUGCCAUUUCCACUGACUGGCCAAUGCCUCGAGAUGAACGCUUGAAAACAACAUUCUAUGUGUACAGGGAUCUGAGAUUGAAAGGCUUCUAUCUGACCUCCACAGGGAAGUUUGGAAGAGAUUUCCUGGUGUAUCCAAGUGAUCCACUGCGUUUUCAUGCUCAUUUCAUUGCGUUGUACCUCUCCAUGGAUGAACCGUUACCACUGUGUGACAUUCUGGCAAUAGCUCGUCUGGGCUCUAAUGUGAAGAAAACAGUAUUGCUUUGCUCUCCACAGAACCCCAGUGAGUCUGGAAAGGAUGAGGGGGUUGUGGUGUAUUCAUCGCUACAGUGGAGCUCUAUGGUUUAA